ACUUCUGUUAAUAUCUUCAUGUAGGUCGAUUUUUAUACUUUGUGCUUUGCUUGUGUGGAUAUUUCGGAGUAGAUCACUGUUAAAGAUAGGCAGUCCCUGACACAUAAAAGAAUGAUAUUUUAUUUUCAAAAUGACUUGUUCCAAGAUUAACUUGUCUUCUAAACUAAUUAUUUUUUUCUUUCCCAAACCAAUUUACUAGUACCCGUUGCUGUUUUAUCAUAAAUUAAUAUGCGUGUUACCGCUAUGCUUACAGAUGUCAGCAACUUUAAAUAGAACAGUGGUAAGUGUAAAUUAGCAGACUAGGCAAAACUUUCGGUCAUUCCUUCUUCAUUGUACAAUGGCUUCAUAUUUGAAUUCGAUAUUUCCAAUAUCACACGCUUUACAGCACACCUAGCAUCUCAAGUCAGGCAACCUUCUUUCAUCAUUUUUUUUUCUUCUUCUGCUGGUCACUUGCUUAUUACGUGGUUUCAGGUUUCUUAAACAAAUUCAGUUUAAAAUUAUAGACAUACUGAAAUACAGUUUUAGCUUCUUCCUAGAAUUCAUCCCCAGUAAUCGCUGCAAUACAUUUAAAUCUCCCACCACAGUCACAGAUGCAAAUAAAUUGGACGCUGUGUCUUUAAAUCCAUUUCUGUUUUCUCCAUUGAUCAAUCCACCAUUUUCCAGCAGAUCUACCCCACCUGGAGAGAGUACUGGGGCAGUGCCAUAGGGGCCACAGAAAUGGCUGCAAAUAUGUACAGAGUUGGAGAUUAUGUAUAUUUUGAAAAUUCGUCAAGUAAUCCAUACUUAAUAAGAAGAGUAGAAGAGUUAAAUAAGACUGCCAAUGGAAAUGUGGAAGCAAAAGUUGUGUGCUUCUAUAGAAGAAGGGACAUCUCUAGCACACUUGUUGCCUUGGCUGACAAGCACGCAAGUGAACUGGAAGAAGAAAUGGAGCCUCCAGAUAUGAUGGAAUUGUCAGAAAAGCAAAAACACCAACUCCGACAUAGAGAGCUCUUCUUGUCACGACAGUUGGAGUCAUUACCUGCCACACACAUUAGGGGGAAAUGCAGUGUAACAUUAUUGAAUGAAACAGAAUCCCUUACAUCCUACUUGGAUCGAGAGGAUUCAUUUUUUUAUUCUCUGGUGUAUGAUCCGCAGCAGAAGACUCUUCUAGCAGAUAAAGGAGAAAUUCGUAUAGGGAACAGAUACCAAGCAGAUAUUUUUGAGUUACUAAAAGAAGGUGAAGAAGAUGAGAGAGACCAACAAAAACUUGAAACAAAAGUUUGGAAUGCUGAAAAUCCAUUGACAGAGAAACAGAUUGAUCAGUUCUUAGUAGUAGCACGCUCUGUAGGUACGUUUGCCCGUGCUUUGGACUGCAGUAGUUCUGUUAGGCAGCCCAGUUUACACAUGAGUGCUGCUGCAGCUUCCAGGGAUAUCACACUGUUUCAUGCCAUGGAUACUUUACAUGCGAAUGGUUAUGACAUAUCUCGGGCGAUAGCUGCUUUGGUACCUCAGGGUGGCCCUGUACUCUGCAGGGAUGAGAUGGAGGAGUGGUCUGCUUCAGAAGCGAAUCUCUUUGAAGAAGCACUUGAAAAAUAUGGGAAGGACUUCACGGAUAUUCAGCAAGAUUUUCUCCCUUGGAAGUCCCUAACCAGUAUAAUAGAAUAUUAUUAUAUGUGGAAAACAACGGACAGAUACGUUCAACAGAAACGUUUGAAAGCAGCAGAAGCUGAAAGCAAGUUAAAGCAAGUGUAUAUACCAAACUACAACAAGCCUAACCCCAACCAAAUCAGUGUGAAUAAUAUGAAGCCUGGAUUGGUGAAUGGAACAGGGGUACCAGGACAGACUGCGGGAGUAGGACGAGCAUGUGAAAGUUGUUACACCACACAGUCAUAUCAGUGGUAUUCUUGGGGUCCACCUAAUAUGUUGUGUCGGUUAUGUGCAUCCUGCUGGACAUACUGGAAGAAAUAUGGUGGACUGAAAAUGCCAACACGUCUUGAUGGGGAACGACCUGGCCCUAAUCGUAAUAGUAUGAGUCCUCAUGGUUUGCAGUUGAGGCAUAGUGGAAGUCCCAAGUUUGCAGUGAAGACUCGACAGGCAUUCUACCUUCAGACAACUAAACUGACCAAGAUUGCCAGACGUUUGUGUCGAGACAUCCUACGUCCGUGGUAUGCUGCAAGACACCCCUAUAUGCCUAUUAACAGUGCAGCUAUAAAAGUAGAGUGUACAGCUCGACUACCAGAAGCUGCAAAGACUCCUUUGAUAUUAAAAAAAGUUAUCCGAAAACCAUUAGAGGCAGUCGUCAGAUAUAUAGAGACUCAUCCUUUACCUCCAAAACCUGAAAUAGCAAAGUGGGUAAACAGCUCAAUUAAUAAUCGAACUCCUGCAAAGAUUCCUCCAGUUAUUAACAGUGGAUCUCCCACUAUUCUUGGCAAGAGGAGUUAUGAACAGCACAAUGGUAUAGACGGCAACAUGAAGAAACGCCUUUUGAUGCCUAGUAGGGGUAUGCCUAACCACGGACAGACCAGACAAAUGGGGCCAAGUCGUACCUUGCUGCUCAAUGGGAAAUACUACCCAACCAAGGUCAGAUUACUCAGAGGUGGGUCAAUGCCACCAGUGAAACGGAGAAGAAUGAACUGGAUUGAUGCACCAGAUGACGUAUUCUAUAUGGCCACUGAUGAGACCAGGAAAAUUCGUAAGCUGCUUUCCUCUUCAGAAACAAAACGUGCUGCAAGACGCCCUUACAGGCCCAUUGCCGUUACUAAGACUGCUUCUGGACAGUUUGCACGACAGCCAGUGAAUGAUGAACCAAUAGUUAUUGAGGACUAAAAGAAACAAACUCAGUGACAUCUGUUUAUCCCUUCUCUAAACCAUGCUUCCUUGGUUGAAGAACCAUUGCCAAAUAAGUUUUGACAUUUUCAUUGUCAGUUUAAUCAGCAAAAAAGAACAUUUGUAUAAAGCUGUCCUCAUCUUUUAAGAAGGAACCAGCUGUUUGGCAUCAGUGGCAAAAAAAACUUUCUUACGGAACCCUUUCCAUUUUCAUAGCUUGGAAAGUAUUAUUCUCCCCUGUUUGUGAGCAGGUGGGAAAAAGCCAGUUUAAAUUAUUGCGAACAUAAAGUGACAACUUUCUUAUUAGCCUUUGUUUACUUUUCAGUUUAUAAUAGAAUUAAGGCAGAGUGAGUGUGUGUUUGUAUAUAAUUAUAUGUGUGUGUGUCUGUCUCUGUGUGUGUGAGAGAGAGAGAGAGAGAGAGAGAGAGAAACAAAAUGCAAAAUUGCACACACUGUACUAAUUCAACAUCUUGGGUGUAAUGUAUGCAAUUUUUUUUUUUUGUGCAGCGUACUAUAAGCCUGAUGGAUCAUCAAAGGCUAGAAGUUGUUUGUAUUGCCCAUUCACCCUCCAGAGCCUAGUUAAUGUUUAAUGUACAGUCAUGUUACAUUUUGGAGGAUUUCUGAAAUUCCAGCCCUAGGAACAACUAGUUAUGCUUGCUAAUGAAGUUUGCCCAGAAAGCUGCCCUGGAGUAUAUGGCAUUUAUUAUUUUCAAGAAAUGUGGAAUGGUGUUUACACACUGGUUUAAUGGUGUGGUGGUGUGGUAGUGUGUGACAGUGCUCAGCAGGAACAAUAUGAGAGAGGAUUUUUUUCUCCAAUUAAGCAGUCUGAAUAACUUGCUUUAUGUAGAUUUUUGUCUUCUGCAUUAUUUUUUUAUUUUUAUUUUUGCAUCAAGAUCUCCAUUUUCUGCAAUAUAUAUUGUAAUGUGUUGUGCUGUGGCUACAUUUCAGUUUAUUUUAUUUGAAAUUAUUUUACUGAUGAUGUGUGUUGGUCCUAGAAACUGAAGAAAUGUUGCCUUACUUUGAAGGGCCUGUAAAUUUAUAUUUUGUUUGUAUUUGGUAAAAAAGAAACUGUUAAAAGGGUAUAGCACUGGUCA